AUGGUUUCUAUGAAGUGGAAACUUGUUGGUUACAUCAAAGGUUACAUCAGAAGAUUUUAUCAAAAGAGCACUGAUCACCGUGGAGUACCAUCUAAACCCGGACGUGUGGUAACUCUACUAGCAUCAAAUAAUCCUGAUGACCAAGUCUGGGGCGUUGCUUAUAAGAUAGCCACUGAGGACAUCGACAGUGUUGUAAAUCAUUUAGAUUUUCGUGAAAAAGGCGGCUAUGAAAGAAAAAAAGUUCUUUUCUAUCCUUGCAAUCCAACUGCAGAAAACGCCAAUAAUUCGUCGAGAUUAGGAUUGAUUUCUUCAGCGGACCAAGAGGAAGAAAAACCUUUUCAAUUAACUAUUUACAUUGGUCAUGAAGACAAUCCGAAUUUUGCUGGUGCUGAAGACAUCGAAACAAUCGCCAGUCAUAUUAUAGAUGCUCAUGGACCCAGUGGUGCUAAUACUGAAUAUCUUUAUAAACUUUCUUCUGCUAUGAGAACUAUAAUGCCUGGAGUAAUUGACGAUCAUCUAUUUGCACUAGAAGCAGCUGUUAGACGAUUGGAUGAUGACAAAAAUAAUGAAUCAUAA